AUGGCCUUCAUGAAAGCCAUGAGGAAUAAUCUGAGCAAUGUGACAGAUGAUGUGCUAGAGGCGCUGUUUUUGAAGAUGGACCUAGACGGCACUGGCCUCAUCACCUGGUCGAACUGUGUGGAUUAUAUGAUGCAUGAGUUCCGGGGAAAGGAGUUGAUGAGGAAGAGCCAGUACCACCUGCACUUCCAGCUGCCCAUGAAGAUCAUCCCCCUGAAUCACGGGUGUGAGGUUGUGAAAGUGGAGUUUUUAAUACAGCGGUUCAAGAAGAUUGGGCAUUUCCUGACUGUCACUAAGGACGGGAACCUGCAGUUCUGGUCAGAGUCCUUCUCUCUGAUCAGCUCCUGUAAGCUUAACCAUAUACCGCCGCUCCACAACCAGCAGAUGUGGGUCAUCGACAUGGUAUGUCUCCACAACAUGAACCUAGUUGCGAUUGCGUCCACUGACCAGAAGAUAGAGUUCUUUGAUAUUACUAAUCGUAACUGUUCCCGGGCCUUCACCUUCAUCGAUCUGGACAGCUGCCCUCUGGUUAUGAACUACUGGUCUGACUAUCACAGGGGUGUGUUCUGCUUCGGAGACACCAAAGGCAACGUCAUCGUCUUCACCUCCGACAAUGUGGCCAAUGGGCUGUUCAAUCCCCGAAUCCUCCCCAGGACCUCCAAGUGGGAUCACUGGACUAGUAUUUCCACAAAGAAGCUCUUAAAUGAGAAGUCCCCUUUGUAUAAAAGUUACCGACUGAAGGCUCUGCAUCGCAACUGGUGCCAACAGGUCAGGUUCAUCCCCGAGAUGAACCUGGUGGCCUCCUGUUCAGCCAUCGGAAAGUCCUCUCUGGUGCUGGCAAUAUUGCCAUCCAAAGCCUCCGAGACCACCAGGUUUUCGGUGCUGAAUUUAAGAAAAGGAAUUCUUUGCUUUGAUUACUGCGCAGACAAGAACUUCCUGGUGACUGGUGGCUAUGACCCCCACAUCUGCCUGUGGAGCCCCUUCUUCUCGAAAAAGCCCGUGUGGCUGUUGAAGGGGCAUCAGACCUCGGUGAUGCACAUGCUGGUGAACACCAAGAACAGCAACAUCCUCAUCAGCAUCUCCAAGGACAAGAAUAUCCGCGUGUGGGACCUGCAGGAGUAUAUGUGCAUCCAGUCCUUCUGUGGGAGGCUUUUUGCCCUGGGAAACUGUCCCAUCACCAGCAUCUACUUCCGGGAGAACGACAACACCCUCAUCUGCAGCACCUAUUCAUCUGUCUGGACCCUGACCCUGGAGAACAGCACAGACCGGGAGAAGCACAAGGGGCUGACGGAGCAGGGUGGCGGUGGGGCCUGUGACAAGAUGGGAAUUGGGAUCCUAAAAGGGUACAUGGAGACCGAGGGGCCUGGGAAAACCGGGGAGAAGACCACGACUUACAGCGCGCCCCUGUGUGCUGUCCUCUACAGCAAGGUUUUUAAGCAGGUGGUGAGUGGCUGUGUGACCGGCGUGGUGAGUGUGUGGGAGAUCGUCACAGGCAAGAGGAUGAUGGAGUUCUCUGUGAGUCGUGACCAGCAAGUGGAGCUGACUGCCAUGUCCCUGGAUGAGCCCGAGCGGUGCCUGCUCACGGGUUCGCGUGACGGCACCAUAAAGAUGUGGAACUACAGCACUGGCGAAUCCCUGCUCACCUUCCCCAACCCCGACAAGCUGGAGAUUAGUGGGAUUAUCCAUAUGAAUAAAGUGUUCUACGUGAGCGGGUGGAAUAAGAGAAUCACUUGUUACAAGUUCCACAAGACCAAGCCGGUGAUCUUGUGCGACCACUGGCAGACCUUCCACACCGAGGAUAUCCUGAGUGUGUCCAAGUACCAGAACCAGUUCCUCGGGACCUCCUCCUACAACGGGGACAUCCUCUUCUGGAACGUCAAUAUGCUCAAGCCCGUCCUCAAAUUCAACGCCUCUCAGAGCCCCUCACCCUUGCUGCCUAAGAGGGUGCAAAGAGACGACGAGAGCUUGAUCGAGGGCCACAGGACCAGCAGCCCCUGUGUGGAGCCGAAGUGGGCACGCAAAUCCUCCGUGCUUCCUCUGGACCACAGCACCAAGACUGUGGCCAACAACAAACUGAGGCGGAACCUGAUGUCAGCGCCCCCUGUGAUGAGACACUCCAUGACCAAGGAGUCAGAGGAGCCUGAGUUCCUGCAGAUAAUCUUCCUGCAAAGCAGGCCUCGCCUGCCACAGACGGCCGCCCUGCUGAGCAGCUGCAUUGACGGCUACAUCUACGCCUGGUCCAUCUAUGGGUACGGAGGCAUGCUGGGGAAGUUCCGCGUGGACUCUGGAGGCCUCGGAGACGUGGUCGUGGGUGCCAUGGCCACUGACGAAAAUGACUGCAUUCUUGUCACAGGGGACAGUAAAGGGUACAUCAAGAUCUGGGACAUCGAUGAUUACUGCACAGUCACUGAUGGACAGUCAUCUCAACUCAGUGGAACAAACAAGUUCCAGUUCUUAAUUCCUAAACUGAUCCAGUCCAACCUCGAAUACAGCAUCCCCUCGGACAAGAAGGAGGUCAUUGAUGGCCAUACCAUUUCUGUGGCUCCCCCCAUGCUUCUGGCAACCUGGAAGGGCCAUUUGGAUAGUGUGGCAGACAUCCUGUAUGUGGACAACUAUGAGCUGGUGAUUAGUGCUGGCCAUGACCGGGACGUCAAGGCUUGGAGACUCUCCGGCGAUGCCAUUGAACAUAAAUUGACAUAA